AGUCGUGGUCCUUUACCAAAGUUAUUUCAUUUAGUCAAUAUGAAGUAUUUAUUGUUUGUGUUUGCGUUAAGUAUUGCUUAUAUAAGCGCCCAUGAUGCGAACCUUCCUUCUUACAUCACACCAUGCGACUUCAAGGACCCGAACCUCCGAGGGUGUAUCCGAGAGGAGAUAUUAAAGGCUCUUCCUCAGUUCGCGAAGGGCCUGCCCGAGCUCGAGGUCAAUUCCCUCGAUCCCUUCGCCCUAAACGACAUCGUCAUCAACGAGCCUAACCUCAAAAUUACACUUUCCAAUCCUAAACUGUCCGGACUCAGCAAAUUGACCCUGAAAGAAUUCCAGUUGGACGCCAAAGACAUCGAAGCCGACUUUGUAUUGAAUUUCGUGUCUGACUUCCACGUGGCAGCCGACUACGUCGCCGACGGGAAAAUUCUGAUCCUUCCGAUCCAAGGCAAAGGCGCCUCUACCAUUGAUGUCCAGAAAAUGUCAUGCAACAUAACGUCCAAGAUCAAGAUACACAAGGACAGCGAGAAGUUCAACCACAUGAAGCUGAGCUCGCCUUCAUACACAUACGACAUUGGGUCCACUGUCUUCCGAUUCGAAAACCUCUUCAAUGGAAACAAGGAGCUAUCCGAAACAACGCACAAGUUCGCCAACGAGAACUGGAAGCAGCUGAUGGACGAUCUCGCGCCGCCCGUCAUCAAGCAGAUCGCCACCGCCAUCGUCAAGAACAUCAACGCGUUCCUAUCCAAAAUACGAAUCGAUAAGAUGGUCAAAAAUUAUCCAGUUCAUUUGUUAAACUGAUUAUGUAUAAUAUAAGUUAAGCAAUGUUAAGCACUGAAACUAUAAAACAUUGUGAUACCGGCGGCGGGGCUAAAAUGGUCACAUUUAGCAUUUCCUCUCAAUCA